AUGAAUCCUGUGUGUGUUCUUGUCAUUGUAAACUGUGUGCAAAGUGUGAAAUACAGGCCACUGCAACUAAAGCCUAAAGUCGGCUCCCCAUGGAGUACUUUCCUCUGGGUAGUAGCUCACCAGUACCAGCAUCUUCUGCCUACAUUUGACGUAGAGCUGUUUGAACCGUCCACGACCAAUAGCUGCUUCUUCUUUUGGCACUUACCAUUAAGAGUGUUUUGA